ACAGGUCAGCUUAGCAGUUCGCUAUGCCCGUGUCCAGGUGCCUUUGCGAAUGGCGGGGUUGGAUAGUCGUUGUGCUAGCAAGCCUGCAAUUUGCGCUUGCUGUGGGGCCGGUCUUCAACUACCACAUAUUUCUACUAAGUUUCCAAGAGGAAUUUCAUACAAAUACAGCCAUCACAGGUUGGGUGGGAUGUAUAGCUCACUCCUUGAUGAGCUUCGGCAGCAUACCUGCCGCGGCUCUCAUCAGACGACUCAGCCCUCGCGCGGUCAUCCUAGCGGGGGUUUUCCUACACUGCGGUGGGUUCUUCUCCACUGCCUUCGUGCCUUCCCUUGGAUACGCCUUCCUGACGUAUGGUGCCGCGGUAGGGAUAGGAACCAGCUUUAUCGUGCAGGGAUCGUACACCCUCGCUCUCAUGUGGUUCCCGACGAAGCACUGUGCGCGAGCGUGCGCCACAAUGAAUGCCGGUACCCCCUUUGGUAUGCUGGUCUCUGGACCUCUACUAAACAUGAUGAUUUCGGCACAUGGCUGGCGGCAUACGUUCCUUAUGGCAUCCAGUUUCAUCUUCGUCAUCAGCGCCAUCGCUGGCCUGUUCAUGACCACUCCCACGGAAGCACCGAGGGUGCAACUCCCGGAGAGUGAGAAGAGAUCACCGGCGGAGGAAGAAAAACUGGCUGCGAAGGGGAGUUCGGAAGGGGUGAUCCGGGAAGAAGGAGAGAAGGAUCUUACUCCAUCCGUUCUGCCCCUUAUCCUGCUGUGCCGCCAGUGGGACGCCUGGCUGUGGAAUGUGGGAAUAGCGGUCGGUUCCAUAGCUUGGAGUUUUCACGCCAUUAAUCUGGUAAGCAAUGCGCCAGUUCGGUAUUCCAAAAGCGCAUGCCACAAAAGAAAGUGCGUUGGGAAUACACGAGCUUGGAGUUUUCACGCCAUUAAUCUGGCGAGCUUCAUGGACAGCAUCGGCCUCUCCGAGGUCGAUAUCUCCCUGGCUGUUGUGGCCCUUUCGGCUGGUCAGCUCUCGGGCAAAUUCCUCCUCGCUAUCUUCGCUGAUUCGCUGCCUUUCCUGAAGCUGUACCUCAUCACCGCUUCCUUCAUUACUGCCGGAAUCUCAUCUGGCUUCCUGAAACUCGCAUCGACCUUGCCACCCGUGCUUACACUGUCAUUUUUUUUUGGGAUGUUCCGAGCCGGUAGUUUUGCCAUGAUGCUUCCCUCGUCCGUGGAGAUUUUCAGUCAGUACGGAAUGAGCGUGGUUACAAUAUUUUCGCUGGUGCCCUUCGGAUUCGGCAUGCUGAUCAGUGCUCCUUUGGCUGGUAAGAGCACUUUUUGGUUUGUUUUUUGUUUCUACGGCUAUCCCAGCCUGGGCUUCACUUCAACCGAAGGCUUGAUUCAAAUUAUGACUCGUGUGGAGGUUUAUUCGCUCUAUGUACACAAAUCCUAUAUUCGAAAAAAAGGAAUGAGAUUUUCCAAAAACACAAUGCUUUUACUACAGAUUGAAAUCUCUCCAGUAAUUCCCUCAUUUACAUUUUGUCUUUCCUCUGUAGGCGGCCUGUACGACUUGACGGGAGACUACAUCUUGAGCCUUCUGACCAUAAUGGGUCUCUUCUUGUUUGCAUGUAGUUGCAUAGUUCUCAUUGGCAUCAAACGAAGGAUAAAUUGCAGGCGCAAGAAAGAAGUUGAUAUCGUGACACGCAGUAAUGCGUACGAGCUCGUACAAAGUAAAGACGACAAUGUUAAUACCACGCAAGUUUAAGGUUUCCCGAUAAGCACUGGUUGGAAAUGGUGACACGAGUCGACCUGCCAACAAUUCCGGAGGAAAUCAGUAUGUCCACAUCUGCGAGUCUGCACAAGCAUGCAAAUUGUGCCUUCGUUGGAAGGGUCACAAAAUAUUUUUCAGGAUCCGUCCACACUUGUCAAAUCUAUGGUGCCUUAAUAAGCAGCACAAGAAUGUGCUCUAAAAAAUAUUUCAAGGAAAGUUAUCGGCUUGUUUCUGCAGUCGAAGAGCAACACUCUCUGAGGAUGAAUUGUAUUUUUGCUAUGUAUAUUUUUGUUUGUUUAAUUUCUUAACAAACACUCGAUGUAAACAAUGAUGCUACGCAGCACCAUCGUCAAUUCUGUAGUUCUGAGGUCUUUAUCCAAAAGACGACCCAGCAGCAUAGAAUGAUAAGAUCCCCUCAGAUGUGCAAGUUUCAAUGUCUGAUGUCUCCGAAACUGCAGUCCCAUUUGGUCGAAACCAUAGAGAGGAUGUGUACUAUACGUAUGAAAUUGAUGUGACCCUUUAAGACGUCAUUAUUUGAUUAUUAUAAUUAACUAAACCGACAUUUGAAGACUUUUAUAAAAAAUAUGGGGAGAACAACGAACCAGGGUUC